CUUUGAUAAGGGUAAUUGGACCCACGCCACAGGGCCUGACUACUUCCAGCCUUUGCUACAUGUCCCAGGCCUGACUUUAUAGGAGGCCCAACUACAUCUUAAAUUGUAAUUAGGCUCUUAGCAACAACAUACAGCUUUGUAUCUACACAAACAACAGAAAAAACACUUGGUCUCCUCUUCAGAGAGCCUUUGGCAAGCACCUCGAUCACACAGACGUCCUUUCAGCUGUCACACCCCCUGUGCCUACAGGGCAGCAGGCCAAACCUGGGGACAAAGGUCCCCAGCCGCCGGCUGCCUCGAAAGGAGCUCUCCUGACUCGGCACAGACCCCACAGGGCCGCCACUGGGAACCCUCCUCGCACCCAGGUGGCUGCCCCCGACGGCCCUUCGGCCCCCGCCCAUGGACCCUGCUGCAGAGACAGAGCAGCCCCCGCCGCCUUGCACCCUGGACAAGUUCCACAUCUCCCGGGAAUACGGCUUUCUGCUCCCUGAUCCACAGACAGAGCUGCCCGCUCCCUACCGACCCUGGAUGGACCUUGCCCGCAGCCUGCCUGACCUCAUCGCCACCCGGCAGCUCCGUGCCCACGUGCAUCAGGCGCCGCAGCUCAGCGCCGCACAGCUCCACGGGCACCGUGACCUGCGCCUGGCCCACCUGGUGCUCGGCUUCAUCACAGCGGGCUACGUGUGGCAGGACGGCGAGGAGGGCCCGGCCAAGGUGCUGCCGCAAAACCUCGCCGUGCCCUUCUGGGAGGUCUCGAGGCGCCUCGGCCUCCCGCCGAUCCUCCUGCAUGCCGACCUCGUGCUCGCCAACUGGAGGCGAAGGGAUCGGGCUGGGCCUCUGGAGCUCAGGAACCUGGACCCCAUUGUGUGGCUGCCGGGAGGAGAAAGCCUGAGAGGCUUCGUUCUGGUCACCAUGCUGGUGGAGAAGGUGGCCGUGCCCGGGCUGCAGGCCAUCGCGGAGGCAGCCCCUGCCAUCCGGCAGCCCAAUGGGGAGACCCUGCUCCGAGCCCUGGCGCAGCUGGCGACGGCCCUUGGGGCUAUGACCGAGGCCCUGAUGCAGAUGCACGAUCAUGUGGAUCCAGACACCUUCUACACCGCGAUCCGCCUCUUCCUCUCCGGGUGGCGGGAUAACCCCGCGAUGCCGGCAGGGCUGCUCUAUGAAGGUGUGUGGGAGCUGCCACAGGCGUAUUCGGGGGGCAGCGCGGCCCAGAGCACCGUGCUCCACGCUUUCGAUGCCUUCCUGGGCGUCCGACACCACGAGGAGAGUUCGGCCUUUCUGCACCGGAUGCGCGACUACAUGCCCCCCUGCCACAGGGCCUUUGUGGAAGCGAUCGAGGCCUUGCCUCCCUUGAGGGAGCUGGUCCUCUCCUCUGGGAACGAGGCGCUCCGCCGUGCUUACAAUGGAUGCGUGACCGCGCUGGCCGCCUUCCGCACGCGCCACAUCGCCGUCGCGACCAGGUACGUCGUCACUGCCGCCGCCACCAAGAGAAGCCGAGGCAGCCCCGGGACCGGCCCCCUGCUGGAGGCUCCUUCCGGGCCCGAGCAGCGGGGCACCGGCGGGUCCCCCGUCCUCCACUUCCUCAAAAGCGUCAGGGACACCACCCGAGAAGCCCUACUCAACGUUUAGCGGGCUCUCCCAGGCACCACGUCACGCCUAAUAAAGAGAGCGCUUGCAUGGCACCCGGGGGUCCAGGCCUCUCCGCGCCGUCAUCCGGCAGGCACAAGGUGCUCCCCG